UUAUGUUACAUUGUUUAAACAUUUUUCAUAGAUUUAAUUUUGAAAAUAAAUGUACUUCUUCACUAGCUAUUUACUAAACCAAAAUCGGUGCUGUGUCAGUGCAUGUAUAUCAGAUGAAACUCAUCCAAAUGCCUUUGGAUUUGGUAACAACAGACUGUUUGUUCAUGCGGUGUUGUGUAAGAGGACAGAUGCUUGGUUUUAACCGCUCUGUAGUGUCCCUGAAUCAAUAAUUGCUCUUGGUACGGAGUGGCAGUAUUCUUUGUAUGUGUGUACAGUAUUGGUGUUCACACCCAGUGCUUGUGGUAACUUUAUUGCUAAUUGAAAUAGACUGGGGCUGUUUUAGUUGAGGUUUAUUGAUUUAAGAAGCUUCCACCGAAUGUUGCGAAUGUUUUUUCCAGCCAUUCUGGUUCCAGGAUUGUCACAUGUUUGACGGUCUCUCUAAAAAAAGUUGUAUCUGAUCAGUAAUGUAGAUAUCAGACAGUAAACAUACACACAGCACAUACGAGUUAUUGCAUUGUAUCCUGAAUAUUUAAAGGGAUGGUUCACGCGACAAAGAAAAUUAUGUAAUCAUCAUCUGCCUAGGAUUGUUUGCAAACCUUUUCUUCCUUCUGUGUAGCACAAAAGUGUUGUAUAUGUGAAUUUAUCAGCAUGGCUAGAAGUCACAUUUUUAGUAUCAUGUUGUGCCAGUAGGUCCAACUUAGAGCAAUAAUAUGGGUCUGUGUGUUUUACACAACUCUGCAUGUUUUAGAAAUCAUCAGUGCUAUCAGUUCCUGUCUUUGUGCAAAUUGCAAGUCCUUUGCCCUGAUGACAGGUGUAACCGUAAACAUUCAAACUUGAACAUUUGAAUUUGAAUUUGAGAUCAAGACGUUACGUUUUUUCUUUCUUGAGAUCAUGGUAAUGAAGUGACUAAUGUAAAUGUGCACUGGUCAUUUGGUGUGUUCAUUUAGACUACUUCAUCUCAGCACAUUGAUCACAUUUUAGACAUUCUUUGAACUGAGGCUACACGCAGCCACUGAUAAGAAAGUGUCCCAUGUGUGUUUAUUAGAAACUCUGCACUUUAGCACCCAGGCACCAGAAUCAGCAGAAUUUAGAUCUGUUGAUUGCAUGAAUGUACUCAGAUACAAGUACUACUGAUUGUGCGUAGACCUUUGAAGUCAGAGACUGAGAAGUCAAAGAUGGUGAGCUGUAGAGGCUUAUUCAAGGAGACCAGGGGUGUAUAAAGUAUGCCGGGCUCCAGGUACACCGGUGUGGAGGGUUGGAGCAGUAAGCAGGUCGCUGGCUGGCUCAGAGACCAGGGGUUUCGUGAAUAUGUGGAUCUCUUGUGCUCUAAGCACCGUUUGGAUGGCGCCAGUCUGCUUUGUCUCACAGAGACUGAUCUGCGGUCUCCUCCUCUGGAGCUUAAGGUGCUGGGUGAUAUCAAGAGAUUGAUGCUGGCCGUGCGGAGGCUACAGAGACAGCACACAGCCCUCACGCAAUCAGGGUCAGAGGUCAGUGUGUUGUCUCCUAUACACACUGGAGGAACAGACCUUGUCACCUCUAAUGGCUUUGCAGAGCGAUGGUCAGGAGACCAACAACACCGUAAUGGGGCGGUCACUACAGUUGGUGGGGAACAUAGCUACUCGAACGGCAAGCGCAAACAGUAUUGUGUUCGGUUGGACCCAGAGUACUGGAAGACGGCACUCAGUGCACUUUACGCCAUGCUGGUGUGCGGAGUGACAUCAUUUGUCAUGGUACUAGUGCAUGAAAGGGUUCCUGACAUGAGGACAUAUCCGCCACUUCCAGAUAUAUUUUUAGACAGUGUUCCCAGAAUUCCCUGGGCCUUCGCCAUGGCCGAAGCCUGUGCAGUAGUGUUGGGUUCCAUAUUAAUGCUAGUGUUGCUGAUGCACAAACACAGAUCCAUUUUGUUUCGCAGGCUGUGUAAUUUGACAGGCACUGUGUUCUUGCUCCGCUGUGUCACGAUGUUUGUUACUUCGCUGUCUGUACCUGGCCAUCAUCUGCAGUGUUCAGGCAAGAUGUAUGGCGAUGCAUGGGUAAAAGUGCAGCGUGCAUUGGAAAUCUGGAGCGGGCUGGGCAUGUCUUUAACUGGUGUUCAUACUUGUGGUGAUUAUAUGUUCAGUGGACACACUGUUGUUCUCACCAUGCUCAACUUUUUUGUCACUGAAUAUACGCCACGUAACUGGAACUUCAUCCACACCAUGUCUUGGGUGCUAAACCUGUUUGGAAUCUUCUUUAUCUUGGCGGCUCACGAACAUUACUCCAUCGACGUAUUCAUCGCGUUCUACAUCACCACCAGACUUUUCCUGUACUACCACACGCUAGCAAACACGCAAGCCUAUCAGCACAGCCGCCGAGCGCGUAUCUGGUUCCCUCUCUUUUCUUUCUUCGAAUGCAACGUGACCGGACCUGUUCCAAACGAGUACGGCUGGCCGCUCUCCAAACCCGCCUUCAUGAGGAUGCUUCUAGGAUAGGCCAUCUCUGUUUAUGUCAAGCUUAGACUUUGGCUCUGCUGUCUGUAUGAUUGGAGUCCUGGGGAAAUUAUUUAUUUUUUUAUUUAUUGCAUUUUUUCACUUUCUUGAAAAUUCAAUUUGUACUGCUUUGAAAUUAUGUUUUGCUGAUUAACACUUAAUUUUACAAAAUCUACCUAUACCUAUAAACCACGUAUAUUUCCUCUGGAUAUCCGUAUAAUGCAGAAUCAUUGUUUAAACAUUUGUCACACUAACCACUAAGCAUGAAGAUUUUAAACUCUUGGAGGUAUACAGUAUGUUUGACUGGAAAAGAACUAAUAUCCAUUUAGUAUUUAUUAAAUAAUGAUACCUGAUGCUUCCUAUUCCAGGCCUUGACACAUCCUAAUGGCACAUAUUUAAAGUCUUACAGCCACAAAGAUACAAUGCUUAAGUUUUGCUAACACAUUUUGACACUUUGUUUUUAAGUGACCGUUGUGUAGAUCAGUUAAUUUUUUAAUGCAAUUUCAGGAAUAGUAUAUUAUGUUAUUAUGAAAUAUUUUGCCAAUAUCAGCAUCAUAUACAUGUCCAGCACUUUUACAUGGAUUUUAAAGGGAGAUACAGCAUUUUCAUUUACCGGUAUGAUUUGUGUGUUUGUAUAUGAGGCAUUAUUGAAUGUAAUAGUUUCAUAAAACUGUUUAUUUUUGCCGUUUUAUUUAACUGUAAUCUGAUGCUAACAGAAGUCUUAUCAAUUGGGUACCUGGAGAAUACUUGUACUUGAAUAAAAGUUUACAGACAUUUA